AUGGCGCUCGUAGCGAACGAGGGGUUUCAGCACAUUCUGCGCGUGCUCAACACCAACGUGGACGGCCGGACCAAGAUCAUGUACGCGCUCACCUCCAUCCGCGGUAUUGGCCGCCGCUUCGCUAACAUCGUCUGCAAGAAGGCCGACGUCGACCUCAACAAGCGGGCGGGCGAGCUAUCGGCGGCGGAGCUGGAGAAUCUGAUGGUGAUAGUGGGCAACCCGCGGCAGUUCAAGAUCCCCGACUGGUUCCUGAACAGGCAGAAGGACUACAAGGACGGCCGCUACUCGCAGGUCGUGUCCAACGGACUCGACAUGAAGAUGCGCGACGACCUCGAGCGCCUCAAGAAGAUCAGGAAUCACCGUGGGCUGCGACACUACUGGGGCCUGCGUGUGCGUGGGCAGCACACCAAGACCACUGGUCGCCGCGGCCGGACUGUUGGUGUGUCUAAGAAGCGAUAG